AGUUAAUAUAUUUUGUGAAAAUUAUAUUUUAUUAAUAUUUAAUACAAAAUGAAAUCUAUAUUAUACUUGGCAGUAAUACUGGCAAUCAGUCUAUCAGCAAUCAAUUGCCAGAAAUUGGACAACACCGACACUACUGAGGCUACGACUGGAGAAUCGGUGGACACGGAUUUGGGCGCCAGUGAUGUGAAAACACCAGUCGACUCGGGAACCGGCGAUUCCUCGGCUACAGGUGCAGGCCUUAGUCCAUUGAAAACCUUUAUGACAUCCAUGCAAUUGGAAGGCGUGAGACUAUAUGACAGGUUGAACGAGAGGGCUCAGGAAGUGGGCCAUCGGCUCCAAGAGAACCUGCAACAAGGUCAGAAGAAGUUUCAAGGCGGAUUUAAUAGACUGCGUGAACGUGGUCAACAAUUUGUGCAAGGUGUUCAAAGUGAUGCCGGACAGGCCGAUGGCGAGACCAGUGUCGGUGACGCCCCCACUAAUCCUUUAAGUCGAUUGAGACAGUUUUUUGGUCAAGAGGUAGAGGAGGAUCCAGAAGAGACCGAGACAUUGACGCCCACCGAGACUGAGGAGGUGGCCAGUGAUCAAGAGUCGGCCGCCAGCGAUGACAGUCCAACCGAUGACAGCGGUUGGAGUGAAAUGAGUGACAACACAGACGAGAGCACCGAUAGCUCGACGCCGACCAGUAUAUUGACAAAUCUAAUGACACGAUUGACUCUAAAGGGUGUGCGACUGUACGACCGGCUUAACGAAAAAGUGGAGAGCGCUCGACAGCGAUGGCGGGCCCACCAGAAUCGGCUCAUGAAUCGCGUUAAUCAGCUACAGGAUACCGCCGAGAACGGGGUCAGCAGCAUGGUCAAACGACUUGAUAGGUUCAAUCUUUUCGGGGGUAUUUAGUCUGGUUAUAUAUUGGCAUCAAAAGUAUAUCGUGAUCAUUUAAAACCUGUGAUUUUACCAUUAUUGCUUGACUAUAACCCCAUUUCCCAUAUGUAACAUCUCUC